CUUCCACCUUCAAAUCCUCAAAACCAACAUCCAAAACACAAACCCAUUUCAAGAUGGCAAAGCAUUCAUCAGCAGCGAUAACAUUCACGAUACUCAUUGCAGCUCUUCAUCUUGGAAUCUUGAAUGUAUCAGCAACCGACCCGACGCCAGAAGAACCAGGAGUCCACGUAUUCGAGCUCUAUAUGCACGAUAUCCUUGGUGGAAGCAACCCAACAGCUAGGCCUGUGACCGGGCUGCUAGGAAACAUAUACAGCGGUCAAGUCCCGUUCGCUAGACGCAUAGGUUUCCGUGCACCAUCAGGCGGGGUAGCGAUUCCUAACGCUAAUGGUGCCAUCCCGACCGUUAACGCCAAUGGUAUCCCGCUUGGAACCGGUUUAGUUGGUACACAAUUUGCUGGAAAUUUGAACCAAAAUAAUAAUCAAAACCAAGUUGCAGCCCAGUUCGGCCCAGACGGACUUGGGCUCGGGUUUGGGACCAUUACCGUGAUUGAUGACUUGUUAACAGCCGACGCGAAGCUGGGUUCGCAGACGCUAGGGAAAGCACAAGGAGUGUAUGUGUCCAGCUCAGCAGACGGAAGUACGCAGAUGAUGACAUUCACCGCGAUGAUGGAAGGCGGUGAAUACGGAGAUAGUAUCAACUUUUUUGGAGUUUACAGGAUUGGAAGCACGAUGUCUCGCCUGUCGAUAACUGGUGGGACCGGAAAGUUCCUUCAUGCUUGCGGGUUUGCUGAGGUGCGGUCGCUCAUACCGGCUGGUCAGAUUGUUGCCGAUGGAGUCGAGUCUUUGCUCAGGUUGACCGUGCACCUUACCUACUAACUAAAACGAACCAUUUGAGUUUUCGUGUAUGUGUUUGUGUUUGUGUGCUUGUUUGAACAAAAUAUGUCAUCUUGUUUGUAAUUUUCAUUUCAUCAAUGUCAAAAUGAUUUAACGAAA